GAAGGUCUGAGGUGGGUGGAGAGCUGGAGAGCCCGGGCGCCGACGCUCCGUAAGUUGGAGCGUCUUUCUCAGCGGAAUUCGCGGCUAGGGUGCGCUCUGCGGGAGUUACAGAGGCUAGGCUCUUCCGGAGCCGCCUCUCCGAGUUCCUCUUACAGCUCGGCCACGCUGGUCUGGGCUAUCCUAGUCCUCUCACCCCGAUUCGAACCUCCCCGCUUCUGGUCUGGGGGCUUCGCUGCAGCCGAAACUCGAGCACCGCCGCGCCUCCGGGGGAAGGAGUCCCGGAAGUCCGCAGGGCUUCGAAUGAGGUUUUGCCUUCCGGACGGUCUCUCUCCGGGGCCCUCCGCCCCAGUUCUACCAUUCUCGAGGCUUGGCACGCGAGCCUCAUUCACCCUCUCCGCUGAGGCGAGCUUUCCUGGAUUCAGCUGCCUACGGGGUUUCUGGCCGACCUGAUCUCCCUCUUCGGGCGCAUUGUUUUGGGUAAAACAGGAGCAUAGGAAAAUUAAAGAAGACUGAGGGACGGUGAAAGAAGGCAUCAGGGAGUUUUGCUUAUUCGUGUCAUUAGAUUGCUGGUCAGUCUCCUAGGUCUUAUUCAUCAGUCUAAACCAGGGUAAAGGCCAUGUCACCUCCUGGGAAAGUUCCCCGGAAGGAGAACCUGGGGCUCCGGUGCGAGUGGGGAUCCUGCUCCUUCGUGUGCUCAGCCAUGGAGGAGUUCUGCGAGCACAUCACUCAGCACCUGCAGCAGCAUCUGCACAGCUCUGGGGAGGAGGAGGGAGAGGAGGAUGAGGACAACCCACUUGAGGAAGAAUUCUCCUGCUUGUGGCAGGAAUGUGGCUUUUGCUCUCUGGACAAUUCAGCUGACCUCAUCCGCCACGUCUACUUCCACUGCUACCACACCAAGCUCAAACAGUGGGGGCUGCAGGCCUUGCAAAGCCAGGGUGACCUCAGCCCCUGCAUCUUGGACUUCCAGAGCCGGAAUAUCGUCCCUGACAUCCCUGACCACUUCCUGUGUCUAUGGGAACAUUGUGAGAGCUCCUUCGACAAUCCUGAGUGGUUUUAUCGGCAUGUGGACGCACACUGCCUGUGCUGUGACUACCAAGCAGUCGGCAAGGACAACCAUGUGGUGCUGUGUGGCUGGAAAGGCUGUACCUGUACCUUCAAGGACCGCUGUAAGCUUCGAGAGCACCUCCGCAGCCACACCCAGGAAAAGGUGGUGGCCUGCCCUACCUGCGGGGGCAUGUUCGCCAACAACACUAAGUUCUUAGAUCACAUCCGUCGCCAGACCUCCUUGGAUCAACAGCGCUUCCAGUGCUCUCAUUGUUCUAAGAGAUUUGCCACAGAGCGGCUGUUGAGGGACCACAUGCGCAACCAUGUGAAUCACUAUAAGUGCCCUCUGUGUGACAUGACCUGCCCGCUGCCUUCCUCCCUCCGCAACCACAUGCGCUUUCGCCACAGUGAGGACCGGCCCUUUAAAUGUGACUGUUGUGACUACAGCUGCAAGAAUAUGAUUGACCUCCGGAAACACCUGGACACCCACAGCAAGGGGCCAGCCUACAGGUGUGACUUUGAGAACUGCAGCUUCAGUGCCCGGACCCUCUGCUCUAUCAAAUACCAUUACCGAAGAGUACAUGAAGGAGACUCAGAGCCAAGGUACAAGUGUCAUGUGUGUGACAAAUGCUUCACACGAGGCAACAACCUCACUGUGCAUCUUCGUAAGAAGCACCAGUUCAAGUGGCCCUCAGGGCACCCUCGUUUUCGGUAUAAGGAGCACGAAGAUGGCUACAUGAGGCUGCAGCUGGUUCGCUAUGAGAGUGUGGAGCUGACACAGCAACUGCUUCGGCAGCCACAAGAGGGCCCAGGCCUGGGAGUGGCGCUGAGUGAGAGCAGCCUGCAGGGCAUUAUUCUAGAAACAGAGUUGGGAGAGCCAGGACCUGAAGAGGCAGAAGAAGCGAGUGGGCGCAGUGAGGGAACAGCUCUCUCCACCUCUCAGGGCAGCUCAAGCCCUGUUAUCCACGUGGUGAAUCAGACCAAUGCCCAAGGCCAGCGAGAGAUCGUCUACUAUGUGUUGUCUGAAGCCCCAGGAGAGCCACCCCCAGUCCCUGAGCCACCCUCAGGGGGCUUGGUGGAAAAGCUUCAAGGAGUAGCUGAGGAGCCAGAGGUCCAGAUGGCAUGAAGGCUACAAAAGCUGACCAUUCCUACCCCAGGCCUUGAGGUUUGAGCCAGGCAGAUAGCAGUGUCCCCAGUGGGCAGCCUUUGCCAAUGAAUGCCUUCAGGAGUGGUGCUGAAAACAGUGUGGUCGCUUGUGGCCCAGGUUUGCAUCAUUCUACAGAUUCUAAGAACUUCCAAUUUUAGCCACACUGUGUUUUGUAGGGAUCCUGAGGAAUUUGGAUUCUUUGAGGGGAUCCUGGACAUGUGUGUUCUUGUUAUGGGGUUCUCGUUAUCAGUCUUAACUAUAACUCCCUCAGUGUUCUGGGCAGCAGUUAAAUCCUUAGUCAACUCACAUCCAUACCCAUCUUUAGGAGUCCUUAGGCCCAAGGAUGAUGAAUGGUUAGUCGCUUACAAGGGCCCUUUCCUUGAUACCAGUUAAGGCAUUGAAAACCAGGCACCCAUUUCUCUCAAGGGGUCCUCCUACACCCCAGGGACAUUUGUGGUUAUCCUCAGGGACUGGAUUGAAGGUACUCUCUGAGUGUGUGUGUGUGUGUGUAUGUAUGUGUGUGUAACCAUUGUUUUUGGUAAUAAAACACUUGGGUUCUUAA